UAUGGAGAGACUACGAGAAAAGGAGGUGAAUGCGAGAGUGGGAGUAUUGGAAAGAAAGAAAAAGAGAAGAGAUAGAACGACCGAGCAAGCAAUAUUAGAUAUUGGUGGUACAGUUAAUGAAGCCUAUAAAAAGGCUAGAGAAGAAUUAGGAGAUGUUAUAGCCGGAAAUAAACCUGAUUUUACAAAUUCAAAUUUAUGCUUUGGAUAUGAUAGUUGUGAUAAAUAUUUCAAUAUGGAAAAUUCAACUUGUCCUAAAAUUCAAUUUACAUCUAAACCAACAGUUAAUAUUUUAGGUUUAGAUGUCUUUAAAAUAUUCAAUCAAACUAGCAAAAGGAUUAAAGAUUCUUCAACCUUUGUCGAUACUAUAAACGAUUAUAUUCAAAUAUUAAUGUACAUUCUAUUAGGUCAUCUACUUAUAACAAACUUUAUUAGCCUAUAUAAAUACAAAACGGAUGUUGGAUAUAAUAAUAGGUAUAUGUACGCUGAUUUUAAGGAUUACGAUGAGGAAAUGGAAGCAGAAAGCGGUUAUUCUGUUAGGAAAAAGGCUAAUGAGAUUGGAGUCUACAAAAUCAAGAUUGGUUUUAGGUCCCUUGUAAAUUCAUUUGGUGAUAUAACAACAAUUUUCCUUAAUGUUCUCUUUUCUAUUACGUUAAGCUUUUUAGUUAUAGCCUGCUUUCUCGGAGAAACUUGCCUACAUGCCCUAACUAAGAGCCUUUUUAAGAAUGGAAAGAUUACGAUUAGGGCCUACGGAAAAGGAAAUAUAACUUUUACAAAUUUUGAUGCAAUGCCUGCAAAUUUAAGUAAUCUCUAUAGACAAGGUAUAGGUAAACCUUUCAGCGAACCAAACAUUUUUAUAUUCGAUUCAAAAUACAAGGUCAAGUGCCUAGAUGAUAUUCAAAUACCCAGUUUAUCCUAUUACGACGAUAAUCAACGGCAUCUUUCGUUCAACGGCAAGAAGAUUGUUGUCUUAUUAGCCAUUAUUUUUCUAUUAUCAUUAAUAAAGAAUUGGGGCCCUAUUUUGUCGGAAAGGAUAUUUAGGGGUUUCUAUCCGAAUAUUCAUAGACGCAGAUUGGAACACUUGUACGAAAAAUUGAAAAUAAAGAAGAUUGUAGACGAUUAUAUGAUUUCAACGACUCUUCAAUACGAUAAGCUCAGGGGCAAAAAAGAAACGUCGAAUAAAUCAGUGCAAGAUGUUGAAGGCAAUGAUCGGAAAUGA